UGGAGAGACAAAGGUGGAGAAAUAUCUACUACAGAGAGGAGGGGAUGCUCAGCACAUCCAGGAGGGCUUCUCAUUCGCGUCUGGAAACGCUUCAUCUAUCAUGAGAUCUUUUCUAUAAGGGAGUAAUUGUGAGUUGCUUUGGAUAGUUUUUCACCUGUCAGGAGGAUCAACUGUUGCUGCAGCCGGAGCUCAGGCAGAGACAGGCGUGUGUGUGUGAUGUGUGUGUGCGUAAUUAUGGAUGUGUGUGAGCGACACUCGGACAUGCACACAGCCGGUGAUGUGCAAUUAUCAUGGAAGAGAUACUGUUGUUGAUGCCUCGGAUACACCUUCCUCUGUCCUGAUGUGGAGCACCGGCUCUCUCUCGCUCUGAACCCUCUUAUCUUCCCUUUAAGGACCUUUUUUUUUUUUUCUAACUCAGGCGUUUUGAUACAGUGACCUUGCCCGAUUUGACAUCCAUCAUGCUGAUGAUGAUGAAGAACAGCGUUAUGGAUGCGCAUCAGGUUGAUAUCGAUCCGGAAUUUGAGCCUCACAGUCGGUCUCGGUCGUGCUCUGCUUGGCCGCUACCGGAGGAUUUCCCCGCCGGUGGAGAGGACGCAAACCUGGGUCUGGUUUCGGUCAAAGUGGAGAACCAGCAGUACAACGUACCGGCGUCGUGCCAGCGUGCCGGGAGGAAAGGCGGCGCGCCGGCGGAGCUCCAGCACCCGGCCGGAGCUCCGGUUCCCGGGGCGUCUGCGCUCGACGCGGCCGGUCAGCUGCGCAAAGCCAAGUCCUCGCGGAGGAACGCGUGGGGGAACCUGUCUUAUGCAGACCUGAUCACCCGGGCCAUCGAGAGCACCCCGGACAAGAGGCUCACCCUGUCCCAGAUCUACGACUGGAUGGUGCGCUUUGUUCCCUAUUUCAAGGAUAAAGGAGACAGCAACAGUUCAGCCGGAUGGAAGAAUUCAAUCAGACACAACCUCUCCCUGCACAGUCGCUUCAUCCGGGUGCAGAACGAAGGCACGGGGAAGAGUUCGUGGUGGAUGCUGAACCCGGAAGGCGGGAAGAUGGGCAAAGGACCGAGAAGACGGGCGGCGUCCAUCGACAACGGCACCCGGUAUCUGAAGACGAAGGGGCGCACCAGCCGUAAGAAGGCCGGCAUCGGACGGGGACAAGGAGCCGGACCCACGAUGCAAGGAUCCCCGGAGCACGGCAGUCCAGCAGGGAAAGCGGGUGUGGGCAUGGGGGGCGAGGAGUACGACACCUGGACGGACCUCCAUUCCCGCACCUCGUCCUCUGCAUCUACUCUGAGCGGCUGCCUGUCUCCGAUCCUGGCCGAGGCGGAGGCUGACGAACCCGAAGAAGGUGGACUGACCUGUUCGGCGUCCCCUCGUCUGUACCCGAGCCCCACCAGCACCCGAUCCCCGGCUCUAGGCACUGGGGGCCACUGCCCGAACGUGGAGUUACCCACACUGACUGACCUUACGGGAGCUAUCAGUCUAGACGAGAGUGGCUACCCCCAGUCGCAGCAAAUCAAAUGCAACGGUUACCCCUACGCCCCCAAGGCCGAGGGCUCCUACUGCGCACCCAUGUACGCACAGCCUUCCAUGGGGAUGCUCCGACACCACACCCCCAUGGAGACCAUCCAGGAGAACAAGCCAGUCAGCUUUCAGCGCCAGAUGAGGGGCUACUCGGAGAGCAACGCCCUGCAGAGUCUGCUUACCGGGGGUACUUCGUACUGCAGCAAAGACGCAGUGCUGGGGCGUGACACACACUCCCUGAUGACGCAGGGGACCAAUGGCGUGCACAAUCCGAAUCGAAGCCACAAUCACAGCCAAGAGCACGCUCUCACUCCCAGUCUACAUAAUGGCUCAGUCCAUGACCAGAACACAACCCACCGUCAGAACCACAAUCAGGGUCACAAACACCAAGCGAGCCUGGACUACAGCCACAAGCCGCACCCGGCACACGACUACGUUCCGAGUCACGAGCACGGUCACGCCAACAAAGAUCUCAACCCUCGAUCCAGCCAGAGUCACAUGCACAACCCCCACAAUCCUAUGCACCCGCAGGCCCUCUCCCCACGGGUCAGCACCGACAUCCUGCAGCCCUACAGCCUCAAGACCUCGAACCACUACGCGCCGCGACCCCACCUCCCAACAUCGCCGUCCUUGCCGCCGAACCCCGCCGGAGUCAUGGACGUUCCCCAGGACCCUUGCCGCCUGGCGUCCGCUCCCCACCCCCGUCACCAACCUUACCCCGGAGCCCACCAUCAGGGUAUGACCGACUCCUGGCACGGUUACUACCACCACCACCACCACCACCCGGGGUACCAUCAGCACAACUCCCACGCUAGAAUGGCCGCACACCUGGAAAUGGAGAACGUCGCGAAUAGCCUGGACUGUGACGUAGACUCCAUCCUGCUCAAUGACUUCAUGGACUCGGCAGAGAGCAUGGACUUCAACUUCGACGGCUCUCUGUCCCAAGGCAUGGGCAUGGGGAUGGGCAUGAGUUUGGGGGCGUUUGCAUGCCCUCCCCCAGCGCACAGCAACCAGAGCUGGGUGCCAGGGUGAACCCUACGCCCGAGGGUCUUUUUUUUUUGGAUAGACACAUGAUUGGAAAGCCUGGAUGCCGGUGGGCUGUACCCUUGGACUGUGAUUUCUCUCAGACUGUAGAGCAAAAUAUGUCAUUUUGUUUCCCGGGGACUCCGUACACCCCUCCCUCCCCCACUCUGUUUAUAAAGUCUCCAUAUUAAACUUGCCCCUAAUGCACCCAGUCCUAAAACCCCGCCCUUUGUUCAUUCCCUUCAGUUUGUUUGUGUUUUCUUUAUUGGUUUUCGGCAAAUCUCCUCCUGCCUGUCCUCGUCUAUCGUCUUUCCAACCUAGUUGAGAUUUAACCACGCCCACUUCUGCAUUUAUGUGGCUCUGGGUAACAUAGUAUUCAUACAUCAACACAGGCUCACUAUUUGCCAAGAUGACUAAGCCUUAUUUUGGCUACCUAGCUUCCUUCCUGUUCUUCAUCAGCCAGCAUCCUUGGUAUCUGUUGUUCACCUCCCCCCAUCCAUCUUGAGGUUUCUUGGCAUCUCUUUAAGACCACUUACUUGAGUAACUAAGCAGUACAUAUAAAUGUGGGCUCACUAGUUGGCAAGCAACCGGUCACAGUUGCCCUGUUUAUCAGUCAGUCAAAGUGCAAGCCAUGCUGAAAACGUUACACCGGUUCUGGUCAAAUGGAAUAUAUUUUAUCCUCUGACAGUGUUGGAAACAACCGAAGUCCAUAUACUCAAAUACUGUACUUAUGCACACAAUUUCUCAAACAACAACACCAGCUAUUACGCUGCAUAUUGUUUGUUUAUUAGUCUUAAAUCCACGGUGAAUUGGCGCUAUUAUAUGUUAUAUCUCAACUGGGUCGGAGAAACGAUAGACGCUGCCUGUCCUAAGCUCUCAAGCACUUUACAUCCAUCCCUUUUUCCGUACAGAUGCAGUAACACACAGACCAGGCAAAGUCACGUCGUGUGUUGGCUUAGGGUUUAAUGUAUGCAAUCCACUUUACAGUAUUAUCUCCCACUACAAAGGAGGUGUUGUCUUUGACUGGAGAACAUGAUCAAACAGCAGCAUAAAUAUCUUUCAAUGUAGAGGUGCUCUCAGAUUAGGGGUUAAAAGGCUUUGAGGUCUAGGGAUAAAGAAGAAAGGCGGUGUUAUUUUGGAAGCAGAGGGAACUAAAGAGAGCAUCGAGAGGAAGGGAACUUCUUCCUGGUGCUUCCUGUUUACGGAGGACAGUCAUACAUCAUGCAACCAUCAACACCACUGCGAUGAAAUACAACGUCCCUUCUUUAAUCACCAAAGUAAUGCCGGAGUGAUGCAUCACUAUUGCAAAUCUAAUGCGCUCGUCUGUGUUUUUUCAGCCCUCCUCCACCCUCCCCUCUUUCACUCUUCAACUCCGGACACACCGGCUUAAUGUGUUUUGGCGAAAGUGAUGAUUAAAGUCACUCUGCACUAAAUGCGGGAGGGAUUGCUAAAGGAGGGUUGGUGUUGGAGAGGGGGGGGUGAUAGGAGAGGAGAAAUGCAAAUAUUCCCUCUGUGCCUCUUCCUCUCCAUUCGGUGGAUUUAUGUAGCUUUCCCCGUAAUGAAAUAAGCAACGAUCAGAGGCUGCUGUACAACCUGAGCCGCUCUGUGAUUGGCCAACUCCUUUCACGACUGACCCCAGAGCAGCUGUCGGUCAGAGCAGGAUGUUGAUGGAGCUUGCCGUCCCCAGACCCCGGUCAACCUCGUCUAAUUCACUAACACCCAGGUUCAAAGCCCCCCGCUCGGUGCUUUCUUACCCCUCGCCGUCAGCAGAUUACUAUUUGGUGCUAUCUCCUCUUCCCAGGCUCCCCUCCUAUCACGCCGCCCCAUCCUGGAGGUUACUCGGAGGGUAAACAGGAGUAAUUAACCGCCAAACAAGACGGAUGAUUUAUGCAAGUGUGUGUAUUCGCUCAUCGGCACAAAGUCAUAAUUCUUAGUCCAAGAACAAGGAGGGUGUUUUUUUUUUUUGGAGAGGUGAUGCCCAGCGAGAAGGUAAAGCAGACACACUGAAAUACCUAAAACGUUGACUUUAAUUAAAUAUAUCAUGGCAACAGAUUUCAUUUAAUUAAAGUGUGUACCUUCAAGCGUCUGUUGUUUCUCCAACGCAGUUUAGAUUUAACCACGUCCACUUGGACCGACAUCAGAGCGUCACCCUUGGCGUUUUCAUUCCAAAUGUUUUCAAUUUCUACUUGAAAUGUUCAGCCGGGAUACUUCCCACUUCCCAGUAUACAACUGGAAAGCACCAUUAGUCGACAGAGUCUGAACGAGGCGGGGGGAAGAGGGAGUUUACAUGCAGGAUCUGUGAGACUAGAGGGAGAUUUUCCAGCUUUGUGUAGAAUUUGAAUCGGGCCAAAAUGUCAAGUGCUACUCAGCCGGCUCCGACCACUUCCCCCUCCUGAUCAAGGACAACGACGGGUAUUUCCAUUCCCAUUUCUUUGGCUUUUUCUUCUACCCUUUUCCACCAGUUAAGAUGGCCCGUUGUUGUGAAACCCCACUGUAAUUUGUUCUCCGGCCCCGUGUGCACUUGUGUGUCGAGCUUCUCGUUGGGUGUGCGAGUGUGUGUGCUGUGCAAGAAAAGAAUUAAGGGAAUAUUGUUUGAGAACUAACCCGGGUGUCGUCCACGCCUGGGUGAGAGCAGCAUACAUAAUAUAUACAGUUUAUAUUUAUUGGUUAUGGAGACGGGUCUUCGGAGGGCCGCUCGCUGCUGUGUCUUCUCGAACGACAGAAAGGCAGAACGACAUUUCAGUUGGACCACAUU